CGGUAACGCCGACUUCCCCGCAUCCUGGACCGGGCAAGGUCGCAUGGCUUCUACUGGACCGCUCGGGUAGAGUGGAGACGCCGGGCGCCGUUGGUCCGUUAGCUUCCCUGCGCCGGGUCUGGGCGCCACGUCAAUUUGUUCCACGGCGAGUGCCGGCGCGGUUACGGCGGCGCGCUGCGACGUUGCCGGGUCUGUUUCAGUCAGUCACCUGUCUAGUUUACCAGCCAUGGCCAUGGUUGGUGACCACCAGAGUUCUCGGCCUAAUGUGGCCCUCAUCUCAGGCAUCACUGGACAGGAUGGAUCGUACCUGGCCGAGCUUCUGCUCUCGAAGGGCUACGAGGUGCACGGCAUCAUCCGACGCUCCAGCUCCUUCAACACGUCGCGCAUCCGCCACUUGUACGAGGACCCGCUCGCGUUCAAACAGGGCAAGGACUUUCAGCUGCAUUAUGGCGACCUCACUGACUCCACCUGUCUGGUGAAGCUCAUACACAAGAUCAAGCCCUGUGAGGUGUACAACCUGGGAGCCCAGAGCCAUGUCAAGGUGUCGUUCGACCUGUCUGAGUACACGGCCGAGGUGGACGCGCUGGGCGUGGUCCGGCUGCUGGACGCCGUGCGCUCGUGCGGCAUGGACAAGUCGGUGCGCUUCUACCAGGCGUCCACCUCCGAGCUGUACGGCAAGGUGGUGGAGACGCCGCAGACCGAGACCACGCCGUUCUAUCCGCAAUCGCCGUACGGCUGCGCCAAGCUGUACGCCUUCUGGAUCUGCAAGGUGUACCGCGAGGCGUACAACAUGCACAUCUCCAACGGGAUCCUGUUCAACCACGAGUCUCCGCGCCGAGGCGAGACGUUCGUGACGCGCAAGAUCACCCGCUGCGUGGCCAAGAUCAAGCUCGACCAGAUGGAGGCGUUUGAGCUGGGUAACCUGGAUGCCAAGCGAGACUGGGGCCACGCCAAGGACUACGUGGAGGCCAUGUGGAAGAUGAUGCAGCUGGAUAGUCCGCAGGACCUGGUCAUCUCCACCGGGGAGGUGCACAGCGUGCGCGAGUUUGUGGAGGCGGCGUUCGCCGAGAUCGAUCGCGCCAUCGUGUGGGAGGGCUCCGGCGAGAGCGAGGUCGGCAAGGAGGCCGACACGGGCAUUGUGCGCGUCCGCGUCAACCCCAAGUUCUACCGGCCGGCCGAGGUGGAGUUCCUGCAGGGCGACUGCUCCAAGGCCAAGUCCCUGUUUGAGUGGAAGCCGCAGUAUGACUUCAAGAGCCUGGUCAAGGACAUGGUGCAGUCUGACAUCGAGCUGUUCCGCAACAACCCAAAUGCGUAGUAGCUGUCGGACUCGGCCAGCGGCGGCCGUCCCGGUGGAGACCAGCCGCCACUGCCGGACGGGUCACGGGUCACGCGGGGAUUUGGGGAAAGGGGAGGGGCAUGGCCUGCUGGUGUCCAGCACUACUGGCACGCACGUGUGCCAAUGGCCCCGGCUCAGUAUUUCAACGUCCGUGGACGUCUCGGCAGCUGCUGAUUGGGCAUUGGGUGAAGCAGGUUUUCUGGCGCGAUUCUGACGCCCCCUUGGGGUUACUUUCGCUCCCAGCGCGAAGCUGCCACGCUGUUUCGUUUUCAGACAUUAAGUAUUAUCUGCAUGUCAAGACUGUGUCGGGUAUGAAUCCUCUGAAGUCAUAGCCCCACCGCGGAUGAGAACGGCCGGUGGUCACAUUGGUGGUAUGCACCUCGGUGUUUUCUGGAACUCUGUCUCAGUUGGGGAUCAUGUAAACGGAUGCAUUGACGAGGCCAUGUAGUGGUCGACGCCCUCAUGUUGCGUUGUUUAAUUUGCUUCUGAAAGUAAGCUGUCCCUGUCCCUGGGCUCUAGGGUCGUGCGUCGUGGAUUAUCUUUCAAUCACUUGGAUCCCCAAACACGGUUAACUUGUAUGUGUCUCGCACACAAACGUGAGCAUUCAGUUGCAGUCAUGAUGUCGCUUUGUUGCGGACCGGGCUUGCCCUGCUAUAGCUUCUGGGGAAUGUUUAGUGAUUAAUUUGUUCAGGUUGCUGAAAACAUGAUAAUUUGAUUGGUUUCUACCUGCAAUCAGCGUCAGUAUCUCGGCAUGUUUUUCAUGGCUUUGAGGUACUAAAUUUAUGGAAACGUGCGGAUUUGUACUUGUGGGUCCUCUUGUUGAUUUAGUAGACGUAUCACUGUUCAUCACGUGAACCUUUGUUACUCAUUGGAAUGAAUCUGCUGGUGCGCGUUUUCGUACUGCGGUACCAGGAGCUUUUGUCCCAAGCUUACCUUUCGGGAGAUAUUAGUUGUUAUUGUUGCACAAGUUUUUUGAAGAGUCGUUUUCACGUUUUUGUUGUCCUUCAGCACUGUAUAUGCUCGCAUUGAUAUGGUUUCGCCGCUCGUAAUGCAUUGGUAAUCCACUUAGGCCGUGGCAACGGAAAGUGAACAUCAGGAGAAUAUGGGGUCAUGCGCAGGGAAGGAAAGCAGGGAUGCCUUUGCGUGUUAGGUACCGCAUUUGCAUAUGUGGCAAUGUUUAAAGUACAUCUGCGGCCGACUCAUCCUUGCAAGUGCCUUAAGCGGUCUUUUCUAAAUGGAACAUAUGUGUUGUAUGUAGCUCAUCGGCUCCGUGUUUCUGUGUUUUCCUUGUUUGUUUUUUAAGACGGCCGCGAUGUUAUGUGAGUGCAUACAUUCCGAGCUUCUUCCAAUAAAUUUAUAGCCGCGUUG